AUCCAGAGGGAGGCCCAGCCCAUGACAGAGGUGGAUCUCUUCAUCUCCACCCAGAGGAUCAAAGUCCUCAACGCGAAUCUCCAGGAGACCAUGAUGGAUCACACCCUGAGGACCAUCUCCUACAUCGCUGACAUCGGCAACAUCGUGGUUCUGAUGGCGAGACGCCGUAUGCCCCGCCCAGACUCAACGGACAGUGUGGAGGUGUCUGAACCUGACCAGGAGGAAAAACAAAGCCAGUACAAGAUGAUUUGCCACGUUUUUGAGUCGGAGGAUGCCCAGCUGAUAGCCCAGUCUAUAGCCAGCCUUCAGUGUGGCGUACCAGAGUUCUUGAGGCUAACGCGCAUCAACCCAGAGGACUUGAGCCAGAGGGAAUACAGUGAUCUGCUCAACACUCAGGACAUGUACAAUGAUGACCUCAUACUCUCUCCAGUUGAGAACUGCAAAGACGUGAGUCUGUCAAAGCAGAAGGGUGACCAUUCUGGCGUGCCAGGCCUUCAGAGUGGCUGGGUGGGCUCCAUCCUGCCCACAGUCAUCAUCGCCAACAUGAUGCAGCUGGUCCCAUCUGAGAAGUCUGGUCGUGAAAUCUGAGACCAGAUCAUGUCUAUCAACGGGAAUCAGGACCUACCCCUGUCUACCUGCCGAACUAUCAUUAAGGGUCUGAAGAACCAGUCUCGUAUCAAGCUGAACAUCGUCAGGUGUCCUCCCGUAACCACGGUGCUCAUCAGACGACCUGACCUCAGAUACCAGCUGGGCUUCAGCGUACAGAAUGGCAUUAUCUGCAGCCUUAUGCGAGGGGCAUCGCUGAAGGGGAGGGUCAGGGUUGGCCACCGCAUCAUCGAGAUCAACAGCCAGAGCGUAAGUGGCACGCCCCACGAGAGAAUUGUCCACAUCUUGUCCAAUGCCGUGGGAGAGAUCCACAUGAAGACGAUGCCAGCUGCCAUGUACCGCUUGCUAACUGCCCAGGAGCAACCCGUUUACAUCUAGAACUGACCUCCCCCUCUGACUCUUCACCUUUGACCUCUUAUCCUGACCCCUGACCCCCAGCAUCACUGCACCCUCUGUGUGUGAGGCAAUUCCUCCCCCUCUCCCCAAACCCCAGC